GAAACAAGGCCUCACUGGAAUUUCUCCCCUAUCGCGAGUUCGCGACUCGCACGAGUCGGUGAGGCCACGGCGCGUGACCUAAGAGCGCCGCCGCCCGAGCAUCCUCCUGCCUCCGUCGACACCCGCCGGCGGCCAGCGCCCGCCGCCUCGUUCUCCCCACCCCGGCCGCCCCGCCCCGCCGGCCGCCACCAUCCUCCACCGAACAAGCCUCGACGCCGGCGCGAGCGAGCUACGGGGACGGCACUGGCCGCACGCACGGGGCGAGCCUCACGACUGGACGAACGCCGCCGGCCCUCCGCCCGGUCUUCUUCGGCCCCUGCGACGAGCACCCCACAAGAUUCGGUCCGGAAUGUUCAAUGCAUAGUGUAUUUGCCCCGCAAAGAAAUGGCAUCAGACGAGUUCAUCAGCCUUGAGUCACCUUGCGAGGCUGAUGCGCAAGAUGAAGGGGGAGACGUUCAGGUAGCUCCUGAUGUGAAUGGGGCGGAGCCUCUCGCAUCUGAACUCCAACCAGAAGGGGAAUCUGGUGUUCUGGGCAGUAAUCCGAAGCCAUCAGCUGGGAACCUGGAUCUUGAAGAGGGGCAAAUGGAAGAUAUGGACAUCACGGAUGAUGACAUAGUGGUUGGAAAGGAUCAGCACGUGACCAGCGUUGCAGCUGUGCAGACGGUGAUCGGUUUUGAGGUGAAGCUGGACAAGGGUGAUGUGACUGAAAAUGCACCAAUUUACGAGUCAAACAGCAUCCCCGUUGAAGAAAGUUCCUCAAGAGGAGUUAAAAGAGCCCGUGUGGAAUCAAAGGAGCCUUCUAUUCGUGUCAUCUACAGUGACUUGACAAGGGAAAGCAAAAGAAAGCUUAUGCAACUGAUGCAACAAUGGUCUGAGUGGCAGGCCAGAAGGCAGCACCAUUUGAAGGAAGCUGUGGAAGGGACCUUAGAAAGUGGUGAAGAGACUUAUUAUCCAGCAUUACAUGUUGGUUCAGAGAAAUCUUGUGCUGUGUCAUUUUGGGUGGAUAACCAAGCAAGGGAAAGUGACAUCGUAGAUGAUGAUUCUGUUCCACUGUACGAUCGGGAGUUUACCUUGGGCUCGACUCCUCUGGGUGAUUCAUCAAACACUGAAAGGGCAGAUAAGGACGAUUCACGCUGUUUCAAUUGUGGUUCUUAUAGCCAUGCUCUGAAGGAUUGCCCAAAGCCUCGGGACAACUUCGCAAUUAGCAAUGCCCGGAAGCAGCACAAUUUGAAAAGAAACCAAUCUAAUGUGAACCGUGUACAAAAUCGAUACUACCAGAAAACUCCUGGCAAAUUUGAUGAUCUGAAAGCUGGAGUACUGGGACCUGAAACUAGACAGUGCUUGGGGAUCGGGGAAAAUGAUCCCCCUCCUUGGCUGCAUAGAAUGCGUGAGUUAGGGUAUCCUCCGGGCUACCUAGAUGUGGUUGACGAUGAAGAUAAACCUUCUGGUAUCACCAUAUUUGGAGAUGGUGAGAUGAAACUAGAGUAUGAGGAGGGAGAGCUUUCAGAGCAAGCCGAGGCAUCCCCACCUAAGAAAAGGAUGACAGUGGAAUUCCCUGGAAUAAAUGCCCCCGUCCCAGAGAAUGGUGACCAGUGGCUGUGGGGUAGUGCCCCACCCCAGUCCUCAAGCCGCCACCACUCAUUGGAUUCGAGGGAUUACCGUGAUAGAGGACCUCCUGGUGCUGAUCAUUAUUCAUCGAGAUACCAUUCCCACGAUUAUGGGCCUUUGAGCCCAAGCUUAGGGAGGUCACACUCAGACAGGGGGUGGAGAAGUCCGCCUCGUUAUGAUAAUCCACCAGCAGACGAUGGUGCCUGGACGCCGCAUUCAUACCCCAGCAGGCAGUACUCGGGCCACUACAGCUCGAGCUCUGAUAUGUCGUCACGCCAUUCCAGGGAUAGAGACAGAGACAGGCAUGACAGCAGGCACUACCACCACCGCAGAUGAGUCAAGCCUGCAGCUGAUUUGUAUCAUAUCCUUUUGCUGAAGAAUCCUAUACUUGACGCCUUCGAUCUGACAUAGAAGCAGUCCUGUUAUGGUUUCUGAAGUUUUGAAAUGUCCAUCCCUUCCAAUAUAUUUUUGCAGCACUGCUCCUCAAUCCAUGGUAGGCAGUGACCUUAUCUCAUCUGGUCCUCGAGUCCUUGACUGAGCUGUAUCUGUGUUGUAUGACUGCCUUUCUCUCAUCUGCAACUCCUGCUCAUUUCUUGACAGUUGUGGCAUAUACUGUAGAAUGUAAAUCUCAAUCCUGUUGUGGACAAAAGAAAGAUGGAUUCAUGCAUGUUCGCUAAAAGCAUGUUGCGUCGGUAAAGACUGAUGAUUCGAGCUA